AUGAGCACAUUCAACGACCCGGCAUCGGCCAAGAAGCCGUAUGUGGACCCCAACCCUCUCCCUCCGAGCGUCCCCAAGGUGCAGGAACUCGGCGCGACGAGCGCACCUCUCAAGAGUGCUGCAUUCUUCCUCGGGGCGUACUGUAAGGACUAUAAUGAGGACUUCAUGCUCUGCAAGUCCGAAAAUCGCGAUCCCGCGCAUUGUUUGAAGGAGGGCCGGCGAGUGACGCGCUGUGCGCAGGACCUCAUCACCAAGUUGAGGGAGAACUGCAUGGCCGAGUUCGAGAAGCACUGGACUUGCUUAGAGUACAACAACCAGGAGUACUACCCGUGCCGGAAAGACGAGCGCGUCUUGAACAAGUGCGUGUUUGAGAAGUUGGGUCUCAUCAAGACCAUUCCUGGUUCGCCGGAGGGCAAAACUCCCAUUCACGAGGUCAAGAACCCCAUCUACACUGGCGUGCAGAAGUAG